UACUGGCACGGUACUGCGGUACUACUGUCUUUAACCGCCGUAGAAGUACGCCAGUAUUAUACAAUACUUACGUCUGGGCUACCUGCUUCGGUUUAACGUCCAGCCUGCAGAACUCUCUAUGGUACAAUGGACUUCAAAAGUGCCUGGUUGCGCGCCGUUUGUAACAAAAUUUUGAAGUCCAUUGUAUGACAUUUCCACAUGAAAUAUCAGUUUCUUUGGUACGUAAGUUUGUGUGUGAACUGGUGAUCACCAUCAUCUGUAUCGCCGUGUGGGCCAUCAACAUCGUCCACUUCAACGAUCCCAUCCACGGCGGCUCGUGGCUGAAAAGUGCCAUCUACUACUUCAAGAUCGCCGUCGCGCUGGCUGUGGCCGCCAUCCCCGAAGCUCUGCAGGCCGUCAUCACCAUCUGUCUGGCGCUGGGCACCAGCCGUAUGGCCAAGAAGAACGCCAUUGUCCGCUCGCUGCCGUCCGUGGAAACGCUGGGCUGCACGUCCGUCAUCUGCUCAGAUAAGACCGGCACCCUGACCACCAACCAGAUGUCCGUCAGCCGGAUGUUCUUCAUUGAACAGCGCGAGGGCGGUGGAAUCGGCCUGCAUGAGUUUGAGAGCUCGGGAUCAACGUACGAGCCUGUUGGAGAGAUUAAGGACAACAGUGGACGCCGCGUGAAGGGAGCGGAGUAUGAGAAUCUGGUGGAAAUGGCCACCAUCUGCGCCAUGUGUAAUGAUUCCAGUGUCGAUUACAACGAGACCAAGCACAUCUACGAAAAAGUUGGUGAAGCCACUGAGACGGCGCUGAUCGUCUGGGCGGAGCAAAUCAACCUCUUCAACACCGAGAAAAACGGCCUGAGCAAACGCGAUCUGGGUAUUGCCGCCAACCGCAGCAUUCAGGCCAUGUGGAAAAAGGAUUACACGCUAGAGUUCUCGCGCGACCGCAGGUCCAUGAGCUCAUACUGCUCGCCCACGAAGGGAAGCAAAUUCCUCGGUGGAGGUGGCGCCAAGAUGUUUUGCAAUGGUGCUCCGGAAGGUGUCCUAGAUCGAUGCACACACGUCCGUGUCGGUAACACCAAGAUCCCCCUGACUCCGCAGCUGAAGGCCAAGAUCUUCGAGAAGACCCGCGAAUAUGGUACCGGACGCGACACCCUGCGUUGUCUGGCCCUGGCCACCGUGGAUGAGCCCAUGAAUCCCAGCCAGAUGAAUUUGGAAAACUCAACCCUCUUCUACAAGUACGAGACCAACAUGACGCUGGUCGGUGUCGUGGGCAUGUUGGAUCCGCCCCGCAGGGAAGUCUUCGAUGCCAUCCAGAAGUGCCGUGGUGCCGGUAUCCGUGUGAUUGUCAUUACGGGUGAUAACAAGGGAACGGCUGAGGCUAUCUGCCGACGCAUCGGUGUCUUCGGCGAGAACGAAUCCACUGAAGGAAUGUCAUACACCGGUCGUGAAUUCGAUGAUUUGAGCGUCCAUGAACAGCAGAAUGCCGUCCUCCGUGCCCGAUUAUUCUCCCGUGUGGAACCGGCCCAUAAAAGUAAGAUCGUGGAAUUCCUGCAGGCGGCUGGCGAAAUCACGGCUAUGACGGAUGAUGGUGUGAACGAUGAGCCCGCGUUGAAGAAGGCCGAAAUCGGUAUUGCCAUGGGUUCGGGAACGGCGGUGGCCAAGAGCGCUUCAGAGAGGGUGUUCGCCGACGACAACUUUUCGUCCACUGUAUCCGCUGUGGAAGAGGGCCGUGCUAUCUACAAUAACAUGAAGCAGUUCAUUCGGUAUCUGAUCUCCUCCAACAUCGGUGAAGUCGUCAGUAUUUUCUUGACGGCCGCUUUGGGUAUGCCGGAAGCGUUGAUUCCCGUGCAGCUUCUGUGGGUCAACCUGGUGACGGACGGUCUCCCUGCCACCGCCCUGGGCUUCAACGCUCCGGAUCUGUUUCAAAAUUUUAAAAAUAUCUAGAAAUCUGAGUAUCUCAAUAUCGCACGGCUUAAAUUGUCUGAUUUAUUUGUAAUUUCUAAAUAUCUAAAAGCCGGCCCGCGGCCCGUUUACCGUAUUCACUCACGUAGCGGCUAUGUAAUUCUGGUGGUAGCUUAGGCAUUCGCUAACCUACGUUCCUCUGUAAUACUGAGUACUGGCGGUAGCUUCGGUAUUC